AUGGCGCCACAUUCUCCUUCUACGAAGGGUCACUGCCCCGACUCUCUUCUCUCUGACACCGACACGGAAAUCGAUGCCGGAGGUGCUGCCCCCAUCAAAAAACCGUCGCAAGCCCUCUCCAUCGUCGAAUUGCUUGAGCAGGUGUUCUUGGAACUGCCGAUACGCUACAUCAUUACCUGCCGGAGGGUCUGCCGCCAGUGGAAGGACGUCAUCGACCAGACCCCAAGCUUGCAGCGGGCCCUGUGGAUGGCGCCGCCAACCUCUGGGCCACUCGAAAAAUGGCGGUGUCGUGAAACCCAACGAGCGUCACCGGCACACCUGCGAAUUCCCUUCGAUCUCUUUGAAACUUCAUCCAACUUUCAUAAACCCUUCGGCCACCCGGUCAUUCUCCUCCUCUCGCACAACGGAUGGGUCAAGUCUACGUCAAACCCACUGGAUAGUGACAUCGAAACAGCCGAGCUUUACCUCUACUACCUCGCACACAAAUCAGCCGAACUUGAGUCUUGGCUGAAGAUGUUCUUUACCAACCCUCCGACUACAUGUGCUAGACUGUCAGUGGCACAAAAUGCUGGACUGUCAGUGGCACAAAUUGCUAGACUGUCAGUGGUACCAGACGCUGGAUGGGUAGAAAUUCAUAAUCCAGGUGGUAUUACCAUCGGCGACGUCAUCUUAGCCAUCAAGAAACAAGCGUCUUGGCCGGGCGCAUUGGAGAAUUGGCUUAAGGUGUCCUUGAGACUUUGGGUUGCACCAGAGCAUCCAGACUCGUACUGAGGACAGAUUGGUAUCUUCUGGGUAGGAUGGUUCUUCUCAUCAGCACUGAUUUCGAUGAUUUUCUGAAGCCUCACGGAGAAAUUCAGCUACCACUUCAUCAAAAAACCUACAGAGAUCUUAGAUACUAAUGAAUUUCCAC